GCAGGGGCUGGCCCGGGGCAUAAAACCCGGCCCAGGCUGCGGGCUCAGCACAGCUCAGUGUCCGCCUGCAGCCACCAUGGUGCACUGGUCGGCCGAGGAGAAGCAGCUCAUCACCAGCGUGUGGGCCAAGGUCAGCGUGGAGGAAUGCGGCGCCGAGGCCCUGGCCAGGCUGCUGAUCGUCUACCCCUGGACCCAGAGGUUCUUCUCUGACUUCGGGAACCUGUCCAGCCCCACGGCCAUCACCGGCAACCCCAAGGUGCGUGCCCAUGGCAAGAAGGUGCUGACCUCCUUCGGGGAGGCCAUCAAGAACCUGGACAACCUCAAGGGCACCUACUCCAAGCUGUCCGAGCUGCACUGCGACAAGCUGCACGUGGACCCCGAGAACUUCAGGCUCCUGGGUGACAUCCUGGUCAUCGUUCUGGCCGCCCACUUCGGCAAGGACUUCACCCCUGCCUGCCAGGCCACGUGGCAGAAGCUGGUGGGGCUGGUGGCCCACGCCCUGGCCCGCAAGUACCACUGAGGCCUCGGUAGGCACCCGUGUCUGUAACAGGCAAUAAAAACCUCAUUUUCUGGAA